AUGGCUUUCUUACCAGGCGAACUUCUUCGCAUCAUUUUCACAGACGCCGCAAUCGACCACGAGGAUCUCAAGUCUGCACGACAGGUCUGUAAGACGUGGUAUGACCAUGCGACGAAUCUUCUCUUCCACAGGGUUUGCCUGUUCAAGUUAAAGACUGACCGUGAUGCCUUCCUCAACAUUGCCGCACAUCCACACCUCGCUGCUCGCGUCCGAGUGCUCGUAUGGUACGAGCUUGCCGAAGACGAACGGAGCUUCUCGAUACCCGAUUUGGGGCCCACCACUGAACUUCCCGAUGUUGAAGGCCGUUACCUACAGCCCGGUGAAGACCCUACAAUGGACGACUUCUUUGCGGACCUACGUUACCAAGUCCGGCAUCUUUUCUGGCUUCCGAGAAUUGCUUCGCCCGGAAACAAGAUUGAGGCUCGGGCGCGAUCCAUCAUCACUCACGCUUUUCAAGUCCAAUUGAAUUCCGCCUUAGAUGCCACGGCUGGCUUGCAGACAAUCGCGACACAGCCUAUGUCUCCUGAAGUUGCCGGCUUACUGCUUCCCACCAAAAAAGUGAAAGCGUACUGGGAGAAGCUUCACAGCAUCCACAUUGUGGACUUACCAGUUUCGCCGGUGGAUUUGGCAGGGUUCUUGGCGAAGCACAUCCAGUCGCUGAGACGUGUCGUCCUUAACACCCCUAUCUGCAUCAAACACCUCAAGGCACUUGUCCGGGCAGCAAAGGAUGAGGACUUCGGACUGGGUAGUUUGGAGCACUUCGUAGUUCUCCAAUCAUCUGAGGACGUCGACGAUGGUGAGGCCGAGUGCGGCUGCGGACAAGGGGACCUCGACAGCGAUCUGUGCAUCUGCGAGAAAGAGGGUAUCGACGAGGUCUGCGAAGUAGACGAAGAUGAUCUAUUGCAGCUUAUGAAUCGCGGUACUGUAUCGACUGCUUUGAGGAGACAACUGAAGCAGGAUGACAGGACGGCGGUUCGAACGCACCGAGCAACUUUCGACAUGGACGGAUGGACGACUGCAGCAAUCUGCGACAGCCGAAGUCCUGACGCACUGGACAAUGGAUACUCGCAAGAAGAAGUUGACUUGAUGGAUGGGGAAAAUGGCGAUACGAGGGACCGAAAAAACGUUGCACGAGAAGACAUUAGCCGCCAUCAGGACAUCAGCGUUUACCUCCCAGCCGCAGACGCCGAAGGAUAUCAGAACAGAUAUGCCCGAGAACAAGUCUCGCACCAGAAACGUCUACUGGAGGGCCCAAACUGGGAGUUGUGCAAGUACGGCGGAGAGGAUCCCAGAUGGUACUACUGCAAGCAGCCACCCGAUGAUUACCCCUUGGACGACUCUGAACCUAUGGUCACUGCUGAGGGCUUGGGUCCUGAUGUCAUACGAUACAGGUGGGAAGAUGACCCGAUGGAAGAAAAGGGUGAGAAUGGGGUGCUCCUGUGGAGGUCGGCACUUCCCCAUCAAUAUUUUACGGACUUCGACCAGUAA